UCAUGCCCAUACCCAUGCUCCACUAAAGCUCACAUAUGUACGGGUCUGUACCUGUAUGUACGAAGUAGUGUUACCUUAUAAGGUACCUAACAUAGUAAAUCAAUGAGGCCGCCGUUUCACUGAUAUCGAGCUCGGAAAUACGGCAUAUUUUAGGUAGAUUAGAUACAAUAUUCGUCUUUUUAAAUGCGCAUUCUCAACCUCCAUAUUUCACCGGUUUUACCUACCUACAUACCAAGGUAAGGUAGAUAAGUAUUUACGCCUAAUUUAAGUUGCAUCAUGGCCCGCAAGAAGGCUCUCCUUAUUGGCAUCAACUACUUCGGAUCCGAGCAUGAAUUAAAUGGCUGCAUUAAUGACGCGGAAAACAUCAGGAACUUCUUGGUCGAGGAGAGAGGCUUCUCACCCAGCGCUCACGACAUGGUCAUGUUGUCGGAUAUCCCUGAAAAUGAUGGUACUCCCUUUUUUCCGACAGGCGCCAACAUUCUGGCAGCAAUCAAUUGGCUGGUUACCAGAAAUCAGCCUGGUGAUAUACUUUGGCUGAGCUACUCCGGCCAUGGAUCCCAAGUUAGAAGUGAUGCUAGGGAUCGACCUUCAGGCUUCGAUGAUACAAUAUGUCCGGUCGACUUUGCAGAAAACGGACAGAUUUCAAGCGAAAUAUUGCAUCGAUCGAUCGUCUCUCCAAUGAACCCCGAAUGCCGUCUUACCAUACUCUUUGAUUGCUGUCACUCCGGCUCAGCCUGCGAAUUGCCUUACGUCUAUCGACCCGACGAAGAGGGCAAUGUCAAUAUGGUUGACACGAUCAAGAAAGGAAUCGGGUUGAUUCGCGCAGCCGAGGGGCUUUUCGAAAGCGGCUUUUCCAUGUCUAAAGUAGAGGAUGCUAAGAUGCUACUCGGCGGUGCGACUGACUUCUUCAACGGACUGCAUCAUCGUCGGAACGAGGAUGUCGACGAAGAUGGACUCGCCGUUGAGAAUUUCGAAGAACAUUGGGAGACAGAGGGCAAAGAUGUCUGGAUGUUCUCUGGAUGCGCUGACGAUCAGACCUCUGCGGAUACAUCCAUUGCCGGAGCACCUACUGGUGCCAUGUCUUGGGCACUUCUUAGGACUCUGAGAGAGAACCCCGAGCAGUCAUAUGUAAACGUCCUCCAGAAUACCAGAGAGGAACUGGCGAGGAACUACUCUCAGGUCCCGCAACUCAGCUGCGGCGGCAGAUAUGACUUGGACCAAGUACUCAUCCUAUGAGUUAUCAGCAACCAUAGACUGAGAUUUCUAUCAAGAUCGAGAUGCAUUCUACCCCAGGAGGGUUGACAUCUUGAGCAAUAGUUAAUCAACCUAAAGUAUUUAGUUUAACUAAGUGGAAAUCCCAAUAGAUACCUAAGAAAUAAGAUCAUCGGGAAACAAAUUAAGCGAGAAUUCUUAAGCCUCUUUUUUACAUAAUAUUAUAGAGAGUUGUACGCCGUAUACAUACCUAAUAGAUGACGUAUAACGCC